AUGGCGUCAGCAGCCUUUAAACCGCACGAAAUGGCUUUCUAUCACCGCGAAAAGACGUUGACGUAUGAUGAGAUUGUCGAGGCGUUGCAGGCCGAAGAAGACCAAGGUGAUAUAAUUUUAUUUCCUCCUGACGACGGCGACGUAACUGAUGAAGACAGUAGUGAUGAAAAUGAAGCUAAUAUCCUUCAUCUUCCUAAUCGCAUGCUUCGAUCUCAAGUUGAGAUACAGAACCACCCUUCCAUGUCUGGAGAAAAUCUUGACGAGGAAGAAGAAGAAUCCAUGCCUGCCCGAAAGAAAAUGAAGAAAAAAGAAAAUACAGUAAAAAAAUGGCACGAUUAUGAAACCACUGCUUCUAUUACGACUUGUGGUAAAGGAGACCGAGAUGAAGAAGUUUUUGCCCACUUACAGGAGGAGAUGACUCCUGUCCAAUGUUUUGAAUUACUUUAUAGUGAUGAACUGAUUAGUUAUGUAGUUGAGAUGUCCAAUCUCUAUGCCUUACAAAGGAAUCAUACUCUGAAUGGUGCAUCUGGUCCCAGUCUCAAGAUACAAUCUGACUUGGGCUUAGGUGCCGCUGUUGUCUUAGAACUUCAUGAAAGAUUGCCACAAGAGUUGGGACCAUAUAACUUGUAUUUUGAUAAUUUUUUUACUGGUUUGCCUUUGAUAAAAUAUUUGCGAGAGCAUAAUAUAGGAGGCACUGGAACUGUUCGCGAAAAUCGCUUGGAGAACUGCAAACUUCCAAAUUCCAUAGAGAUGAAGAAAGAACCCAGAGGAAAGUUAUAUCAUAAAGCAUCUGAAGGGAUUAUUGUUGCAAAAUGGCAUGACAACAACAUUGUGACCAUUUUAUCCAACUGCCAUGGAUUAGAUCCUAUCACAAAAGUAGAUCAAAUUGGAUUUGUUGAUAAAAAAAGGUCCAAAAUACAAGUUGAUUGCCCAGCUGUUAUAAAAAUGUACAACAAAUACAUGGGCGGAGUCGACCGUUUUGACGAAAAUGUUGACUCUAUGAGAGUAGCUCUUCGGGGUAAAAAAUGGUGGUUCCCUCUCUUUGCAUUUGGAUUAGAUGCAGCUUGCCAAAAUGCAUGGCUGAUCAAAAGGCAGUCUGAUAAUAACUGGUCCUACUGUGAUUUCCGGCGAAAUGUGGUGACAACUUACCUAGCAACGUGCGGAAAACCUACGACCCGAAAUUCUGCUUGUGGCGCCCCUCUGCAACUGAGAGUGCCUAAUGAAGUGAGAAACGCAGGAACUGCAGAUGAUCAUGCACAAGUCGUCUGUUCACAGCGAAGAUGCGGGUAUUGUCAUCAACGCACUAGAAAAAUGUGCAGUAGAUGUAAUAUCGGUUUGCAUCUAAAAUGUUGGUAUAUGUUCCAGAAUAAAUAG